AUGCAACCGUCCAGCAGUUGUCAGAACAAUUUUUCGAAUGCGUUCACAAAUACAAGAGCAUUGGGAAACCGUGAAGCGGACGGAACUAAAAAGAAGUUAAUUGUGAAAACAUUCGGAUUAAAAUUGAGCAAUGAGAAACCGAAAACUGAAAAAUCGCCGACAAAAUGCUGGGAAGUAUUGCAAGAGAAUAUCGACGCGAUUUUCAAUGAUCGAAAAACGAAUAGCACUUUGGAAAUUUUAUACAUAAAUGUCCAUUCAACCUGCACGAAUCUAACGCCAGCAGUAGUUUAUAAUAAACUAGUAAAUGUCAUCGAGGAGUACACCAAAAAGCUCAAGAAGGAGUUUGAUGAAAGCGACACAUUCCAUUUGAACGAGGAUACUUGCGGUGGAUAUUUGCAAAAAUUUUCAAAAAUUUGGAAGAUAUUCCCAGUUAAAAUGAAUCUCGUUCGCAACGUCUUCCUUUAUAUGGAUCGUUUCGUGGUGACGACAAGCAACUUGGACUCGGAAAUCAUACCAAUUUGGGAGACUUGCAUGCGAGCAUUUCGUGUCAUUUUUUUCCCGGAGAUCAGCAGCGAUAUACCAUCGACAAAACUUUAUCAAGCGCUAUUUCUCGAUCUUCAGAAGAUGUGCAAUCGAAAAGAGUGCGAGAAGGAUGCGAUUCGCGAGCUUCUUCGAAUGCUCAUCGACGUUCACUGUUACGAGCAUUUCAUGGAUUAUUUCAUAAUGCGACUAAGAGAGCAUUAUUCCAAAAUGCGGGAUGAGUACGUGCUCAGUAAAUCGUGCCGCGAAUAUAUGGAAUUUUGCCAUGAGAAUGUUUCAACAUAUACCAAUAUUGGAAUAAACUACUUUUGCGAGCCGACUGCCGCAAGGAGAAUCAGUUCGGCUCUUGUCGAGACCCUUGUCGCCGCCUCGUUACCCGGUGUCAUUGAUAAACGUCUCGACGAUGUUCUUGAAUGUCAAGACGUUGAAAUUGUGAAACGAACAUUCUGGUUGUGCAAAAUGUGCCCCAACGGAGAGGAAUAUAUUCGAAAUGAAUUUGUGAGAUAUAUGAAAGAGAAGGGAGCCAAAAUGAUGGAUACCUGCCAAGACGACGACCUCUUCAAUGAGAUAUUGAGCUUUAAAAGGAGAAUGGAUAAGAUAACUGAAGAGGGCUUCGAGAACCCGUCGGAUCCGGACAAGUUCCGUCAGGCUCUUCGCGACUCGUUCGAGACUUUCAUGAACAAAAAAUCCAGCAGAUCAUCGGAAUUGAUAGCUCGCUACUUCCAUUCGCUUCUUCGUACUUGUCAUAAGAAGGCAUCUGAUGACAAUCUCGAUGAGAUGCUAAAUGACGCGGUCAGCGUGUUCCGCUUCGUCCACGGCAAGGAUAUGUUCGAGGCAUUCUAUAAGCGCGAUCUGGCGAAACGCCUCCUCCUUGAUCGCAGCUCUUCGGUGGACGCUGAGAAGGCGGUGUUGUCGAAGCUUAAAAUGGAAUGUGGCGCUGGAUUCACGCACAAGCUUGAAGGGAUGUUCAAAGAUAUGGAAAUGUCGGAGAGUUUGAACAAAAUGUUCGAGCAGUAUCUUGAACAUCACAAGAAGCCGAAGAAUAAUAUGAAUGUUCGUGUUCUUACUACUGAAUGCUGGCCGACUUAUGAAUGCUAUGAGAUUUGCCUUCCGCGUGAGCUUCGUGAUAGUCUGCAUGAUUUCACAGAGUUCUACAAGAGUCAGCACAGUAAUCGCGUCCUUAAAUGGCAUUAUUCGCAAUGCACCGCAAAUAUAACAGCGACAUUCCGAGCAAAUUGUAAAAAAGAGCUCGUCGGCACUUUGUAUCAUGCUGUCAUCCUUUUAUUGUUCAACAACACCGAGAAAUGGACGAUUAGUGAGAUUGUCGAUGCUACCAAAAUUCAAAAGGCUGAAGUGAUUCGAACAAUUCUCUCGUUGGCUGGUGGUCGUGGAAAACCGCAAAUUCUUCGCCGCUGCGUAGAUUCGAGCGAUCCGGGAUCGUCGAAAAAAGAGACGAGUCUCGAAACGAUUGAAUCCGACACGUUCAUUGUCAACAAUGAGUUUAGCGAGAAGUUGUACCGCAUUCGAAUCGCGCAUGUUCAAAUCAAGGCCACUAAGGAAGAGAACGAGAAGGUUGAGCAGGAGGUUUGCCAAGAGCGUCAGAUGAAGAUCGACGCUGCAAUAGUUAGAAUCAUGAAAUCGAGAAAAGAGCUUCUACAUUCGCAAUUGAUUCACGAGACAAUGGCACAACUCAGAUUCCCGGUGAAGAGUGUCGAUCUAAAAACGAGAAUCGCGUCUCUAAUUGAUCGCGACUAUAUCCAGAGAUCGGCAAAUGACCAGAACAAGUUUUUUUUUGAAAAUUCAGGUGCUGGAAUGAGGACUUGCACGCAUUGUGGAAGCUCGGAUAUUGACGAGGAUCCGGCCAGAGGAGACGCGACAUGCAUGAGCUGCGGAACGGUGCUCGAGGAGUCGAUCGUCGUCACCGAGAAUCAGUUUCAAGAGCGCGCCGGCGGCUCCGGUCACAUGCUCGUCGGACAGUUCAUUUCGUCGGAGCGCGCUGCGUCGAACAAUUUCAACGGAAUGGGCACGCAAGAAUCGAGAGAGGUGACGUACGCGAAAGGGCGAAAAGUCAUCGAAGAGAUAGCGAGUCAGCUUCGAAUAAACAACCAUUGUAUCGACACCGCGUUCAAUUUUUUCAAAAUGUGCGUCUCGAGGAAUCUGACAAGAGGACGAACAAGGGUUGUCGUUGCCGCGGUGUGUUUGUAUAUCACGUGCCGUCUUGAGAAUACGGCGCAUCUUUUGCUAGACUUCAGCGAUGUUACUCAGGUUAAUGUAUAUGAUCUUGGAAAAAAUUUGAAUUUUUUGACGCGAUCUCUGAAAAUAAAUUUGCCGUCGACGGACCCGUGCUUGUAUAUUAUUCGAUUCGCGUGCCUUCUCGAGCUCGGCGAAAAACAGAAAGAGGCAGUCAAUCUCGCCACUCGGCUCGUUCAGCGAAUGAAACGCGAUUGGAUGUCGACGGGACGGCGACCGACGGGAAUCUGCGGAGCCGCGCUCCUCAUCGCCGCCCGUUCAUUGAACUUCAAUCGAACAAUCAAUGACGUCGUCAAAAUAGUGCACAUCAGUGAAUCGGUGGUGAGAAAACGUCUAGAGGAGUUCAGUCAGACGCCAUCGGGAAGUCUCACGAUUGACGAGUUCUCCAGUAUCGAUUUGGAGCACAGCGAAGAUCCGCCGGCGUUUCGAGAAGCGCGACGAAAAGCGCGCGAAGAGCAACUACGCAAAGAGGCUGAACAGGCGGCGCAAAUGGAGAACGAGCUUCGGCCGAUGGAGGAGCAGGUCGAGAUGGCGCUCGAGAAGAAGCGAAGAGAGAAGUUUAGCAAAUCGCCGUUUGCCAAAUUGGUGUCGGGCGACGUUGAUGGACUGGCACAUGCGGAAAGCAAAUUGGUUCGCGAUGAGAUUCUAGAGACUGUCUACAAUGCGGCUGACGAUCAGCCGAGUUGCUCGAACUCGAAUUAUAGUCACCUUGGUCCGUCGUUGGAAUCAAUGGGAAUCCGAAAAGCUGUUGGUGAUGAGCUAUCGCAGGCUCCGCCGCCACCUCAACAACCACGCACUGAGCAGGAUGAUGAUGAUCUCAUAUCGGACUCGGAGAUUGAUAGCUAUAUAUUGAAUGAGAAGGAGGUUGAAAUAAAGACGACGUAUUGGAUGAAGGCGAACGGCGACGCGAUGAAGGCGAUCGAAGAGCGACGACGUGAGCGCGAGGCGAAUCCCGACGCGAAGCGGCGACGGCGACCGAAGAAAUCGGAGCCGGUGGUGAUGACGGCAUUGGAUGCGAUUGAGAAAGUUAUUCAUGAACGGCGGCUAUCAAACAAGGUCAAUUAUGAUGUGCUGAAAGAGAUUGAUUCGGCGACAACUCUUUCGGUCAGCAGGACCACACCAUUGCCGCCGAAACGCGAAGUUUACGCGCUUGCGAAUGAGACAUUUGCUGAAAUCCGGCAGCAGCUCAAUCCGUUGACAUUGACGAAAUUGGAGAGGGAUCAAAGCCGCAAAAAUCGGAAAUUGAUGAAUCCGUCGGACGAGAGCUUUGAUCGGAUGAAGGAAGCUCUUGAUCUUAAUGACUACGCAUUAACCGAUGGAAACGCGCUGGUCCCGUCUUCAGAAGUUUCCAAAGAAUCGAAGCUGAAAGUCGCCGAGCAAAUUGGGCCGUCUUUGGCUGCUGCUGCUGAGCAGGCGGGUCCUUCUCCUGCUCCAUCUACCGAGUCUACUCUUGAGACGAAGCCAAUCAUCACGGUGAAAUCGCGAUACGCGAAAGCAAAGCCAAUUCUGGGACUUCCGAAAAAAACUGACGAACCGCAGACGGUGGUAAAAUCGAGAUAUUCGAAGGCAAAACCUAUAAUAAAGACUGUAAAAUCUGAAAUCAACGAUUCGCCGCCUGCAAAACGGCCGUGUCCUUAG